AUGCUACUUCAACUUCCUACAGAGCUGAUACAGCUAGUUCUUCGGAACUGCGACACACCAGCCUACUUCCAGGCUGCCUUUUCAAGCCGCAGGCUUUAUGAGAUUGCUUCCGGCAGCCGAGAAGUCAUCCUUCAUCAGCUACACAAUACUCCUGGUUGGAACGACAGCAUUGAAGCUCACCAGACUAGGCAUCUGUUUGGUGAGUUAAUGAGACGGUCGUAUGAACAAUUAGAUGGCGCGGAACAUUACGCCAGCCCCACCUAUGAGUAUCAAAAUCGAGUGAUUGACUAUCAUGCAUCGACAAUUGAGGCAUCAGAAGGCAGCAUUCGAGCACUGCUUGUCUUCAAAGGCCACAGCACUGUCCAUCUGGUUGAUAUGAGCGAUGGGGAUCGGACUGAAGUCCGAUUGAAAUCUCCAGGACAGGAUAUCGGGGAGGUCGAGAUCAUCCAGACUGCCUUUGAUGGAAACGGCGGAGUCUACGUGCUACAUCGAUUUAAACCAUUCUUAGACCAAGAGCUGGAUACAGAACACCCGUUUGUUAAACACGCCCUAGAGUCUCGCCCCAACGGGAGUAUUCACCUGGCCUACCAUCGCUUGAAUCCCCGGGCAAACACCAUUCGAAUGUAUGACUUCCCCGAAUGCCAAGAUUAUAGGCCACUGGCUUUGUCCGUUUCCAACGGCAAAUUUGCAAUAUCAUGGCAAAACACGCUCGACCCCUUUGAUCAUGACGUCGUUCUUUAUACCCAGCUCUACGACGAUGACGAAGAUGACGAAGACGAAGACUACGACGAGGAUGAAGAUGAUUUGAGCGAAGGCGUUGUGGAAGAAGGCAAGGGAGACAAUCCUUCUAAAAUUAUCCAUGCCGCUUUUGAGGCUUAUGUUUUGACAAGCUCCAUCGAUCAGGAUCCAUAUGCCCGUUCUUCUCGGAGAAUAGGCCCCGCAAUGAGAUUGGCUUUCAAUGAUCGAGGCCUUCAGUUGCUCUACCACUACCGGGCUCAAAACAUCUACGAACAGUGUCAUUGGCAGUACCUCGCCUUCGGAAUUGCCACCCAUCGCGUUGAAAAAUGGACUGUGGCAUGCCUCCUGAAGUCUGAAUCAUAUACUGGUCCGCGAUGUACCCAUGUUUUGAAUCUCGACCGCGGAAGGCGUUUCGACAACUGGCAGAUCAUGGCGCAGCUUGGGGGAUUCCGGGAAGUAACCACUUCGCAUGGAUCUCCGGUGGCAACUUCGCGUCGCGGAACUCGUGUUGCUGUUGCUAACUGGAAAACCCUCUAUGUCUGGACACUGAACCCCUCGGAAUUGAUCGAAGACAAUGGCACCGGCUUUUAUCCAUCAUCGUGGGAAUCCUCUACAGGUGCCAUUGAGUUGCGACCAGUUGUCCUCCAGUUAGAGGCAGUUUGCUCUCAAUUGAAUUUCACUGAAAAGGAAGACGGGCUGGUUGCGAUUACUGAUCGUGGAGUGAUGUUCCUGAAUAUCGGUUAUAAUGGAAAAGGAAAGCAGCCCGUCAAGAGCCAGGGGCAUGACGGUAGUAUAUAA